UAUCUAAAUUCCCAUGUGAAGGGGAAUGAGAUUAAAACCCCUCUUAUCCCACCAAAAUAAGACAUGGGGGAGGGCAGGUAUUAGGGAGGGGGAUUAUUUUUGGUUAUGUUAAAAGACAAAUUUACUCUUCAUUAAAAUAUACUUCACUAAUAUUGCUUGCUCUUCUUUUGCUAUCCUUCAUUAAAAUGGGUAAAUUUGUAAUUUAGCAAUAUAUUCCUUAUUUAAUCCCACUAACAUACCAAACAAGGGAUUGGGAUAUAUUUAAUAAAUUCCCACCUUCUAACUCCCAUUCCCAAUCCCAUCCUCUAAUCCCCAAACUCCCAAUCCCUCGUACCAAACGCCCCGUGAGAAAUAUGUGUGAUAAGACAUGGAAGACUGUGGUUGAACUUGAACAGCUUCUCUCCCUUAAACGCCACCUUCUUCAUGGAAGCUUUACAGGUUUUUAGCCUUGUCCGCAGCGUUCCUACGUUCCUCCAUUCUCAUUGUACGCUUAAGAAAUCGAAAAGCAGUUGCAGGGUCGCCGCCAAAUCGAGCUGUGACGAUGACCCACAUUUCCAUGCUGCCCUUCAUUCCAUUACUCUUCGUUUCCAGGAGACACAUCGUCCAGACCCACUUUUCCAUGAUCCUUAUGUUGCUUGCUUGGUUCCUGCCAAUACGCCUGUGUAUAUAAAGCAGCACACACACCCUUAUUGCGUUGCUACAAGGUUCAUUGAUGAUAAAUUGCUCCAGGCUUUGAGAGAUACCGAUGAACUGAAACAGGUUGUUUUGUUGACAGAUGGUGCAGAUACUCGUGCUUAUAGACUAACUUGGCCGAGCUCCACAUUGAUAUUUAACAUAUCACCUGAUAGAAUCUACUGUGAAGUGUCUCAGAAACUUAGAGACAUUGGGGCUCAGAUCAGCAGGAGUUGUUUGUUGCUUCAUGUUUCACUAGAGUCUUCUGACAUACAAGAAGUCCUGCAAAAGAAAGGAUUUAAUGGUAACCGCCCAAGUAUAUGGGCUCUCCAGGGACUGCCUCUGAUGACAUUGACAAGUUUUGAAGAUAUUCUGACUGUUGUUAGUAGUCUAGCCAUAAAGGGAAGUCUUCUAAUAGGUGAAAUCCCUGUCUGGUUAGCAGAAACUGAAUUUAAGCUAAAGACUGGUCAAGAAGAAUGGAUGCACAAGCUUUUUAUGCGCCAUGGAUUUCAGGUUCAUGUGAUUGACUGUGAAGAUGUCGCUAGAAGUUUGAGUAAAGAUUUAUCAAGGGAAACGUCCAGCUCUAUGCUCUUUGUUGCAGAGCAUUUGCGGUUUUCAGAUGAUCAGGUUAGAGCACACCUAAUCUCUCUAUUGACACUCCAGUUUCAGGGUCUUAUUUGUAGGAUUGUCUUUGAAUUUGUAUCCUCCGUCCUGUUCUUGAGAGAACUUUAUUGCUACUGGAAGAGAGGACACAACAGAUUUGCAUUGCCAUGGAUGUUUGAACAAGGUUGGAAUUCAAUAUUAUGUGCUGUGCGUAUUUUCAGCCUCCUAAGUUUGAAGUGUUACCAACCGAGAAUAGAUCAUCCGUUGUUGGCAAUUGCUUGUGAUUAGCACAACGAGAGAUAAUGGGGAUAUAAUAUGAGACGGAUAAUGUUGUAUUCAUUGAAGCAUUGAUGGUAGAUAAUGCUAUUCGUGAUGUGUGAUAUUGCCCUUCUUGGCAUAAUUCGCUGUCCUUUUGUAGGACACAAAGAUCAAAGAGGACUUUUGAAAUAGGCUUUUCGUGUGAUUGGCACUAUGAAAUGUGAUUGAAUUCUUUUCCUAGGAUGAUUUGGUACUUGAGUUUGUGAGAGAUUGAACAAUAUGCUUGACGAUUCAACAUCUGUGUAGAUGGAAACUUGGCGAAGAGAAUUUCAGAGGACUGAAGAGGAAGGCGAUGAAGAAGGAUUUGAAGAUCUUUAAACAUAUUCAAGGAUUAUAUAAUUUUCAUUUGUUUCAAAUUUUCUAGCAGUUUUGUCUUGCGAUAUUAAUCUUUGUAGACUCCUAUUUAAAGGCGGCUUACUCUUAAUAAUAGAGAUUCACUUAGCCAUUUAUUGAAAUAGAUAGUCUCUUUGAGAA